AAUAUUGCCAGUAGGAAAUGUGAUAUAAUUAUGGACAAGUAGUUAACACAUUUGUGUUUAAAAUUGGUUGAAAAUAAUUUGUACACAUUGCUAAUUAAAGAUUAAAACAUAUAUUUAUUUAAUAAAAUUAUUGGGAGGGCCCCGUUAGCCUACAAAUCGUUUGCCAACAGUAUCAUUUGCCGACAUCAUGUUUGCCGACAUUCCGUUUGCGCACAAAAAUUAUUGCCAACAGACCGGUUGCCUACGAGCUCUAUUGCUAACAAAUAAGAAAUGAAGAGACGAACGUACGUUUGCACACACGAUAGUUUUGCGCACAGACAGCAUUGCACACAUAAUAUUAUUGCCUACAAAUCGAUUGCCUAUAAGCUCUAUUGCAUACAAAAUUAAAUGAGGAGUCAAACGCACGUUUGCACACCUAAUAUUUUUGCCAACAGAUCGAUUACCUACAAACUCUAUUGCACAAAUAAAAUAAAAUUAGGAGGAAAACGCACGUUUGCAAUAGGUUUGGUGUCGAAUAAAUAAAAGUUAAAAGACAUCCCUCUCGGGAACCAACUAUUUCAUAUUAGUGCGUACAAUAGACUGAAGUUUUAGCGCAGUAAAAAGGAAGUGCGCCUGCGUAGUUUUCCGCAAGUAGCUUAAUUUCAUGAUAAAUAUGCAUCUCUCCGAUGGCGUUUAUCCUUAAGUCGAUCACAUACAUUUUUAAUGAAAAAUUGGUCGAAACUACCGCAAUUGUUCUUAUAACCAAUUUUUAGACUAUUAUUUGUACUAUAAAUGCAAAUUGGAAUUUGUGUUCACAUGUAGGAAACAAGGAUAUAGCGUAUUUAAUUCACCAUUGAAAACCGACGAGCUGCAUGCAUUUGUUUUCUAAAUUUACAGUAACAUUUUAGAGCUUACAGAGACAUGACACGUCUAGUUCAAUAUUGCACUCUUAAUAAAAUUCUGUUGCUUAGUAUCGGCUUAUGGCCUUACCAACAAUCUAAAUUUGCUCGAUUUCAAUUUGUUGUCUUCUAUACAAUUUUGUCAACGGGUAUUAUAUUUCAGAUAACACCAUUAAUAACACGUACUUCGGAUCUUGUUAUCAAGGUGCUGUCUUCCGUAUUUUUCGUUGUAAUGUUCAUAAUACAGUAUCACAAUUUCUGUUUUAAUAUCGAAGUUGUCAAGAACUUACUAAUGGAGUUUCAACAUACACAUAAUAAAUUAAAGGACGAAAAUGAAAUUGCUAUUGUAGAGAAGUGUGGUUAUAUUGCGAAACGUUACACAAUUGUGCUUACGGGAGUUGGAAUAGGCGGAAUGUCUAGUCUCGUUAUAUUUCAAAUUUGGUUAAAUAUAGCUAAUGUUGAUUUACGAAUGAAUGCAUCCGAACCGUAUUAUAUAUUUAUCAUGGAAUAUUUUGUUGAUCAGGAAAAGUAUUUUUAUUUGAUUUUGCUGCACAGUAACACAGUCUUUUGUGUCGGGGAUAUUACAAUGGUGGCCGUAGGUACAAUGCUCAUCACAUUUAUUGAGCAUAUCUGUGGAAUGUUAAGAAUUGCUAGCAAAAAACUUGUACUCUGAGUUGCUGUGUAAUUAAAACAACCAUUUAUAGCUAUCGUAUCGAGCACGCAAUAAAUAUCGAUAUUCUACAAAAUAUUACGUUUAAAAAUAAAAUUUUGAUGACUAAAGGUAUAAUUUGUGCCGUGGACAUGCAUCGUCAAGCUAUGAAAUUAUCCAAACAUUUACUGGCCACAAUUGAAAUCUCGGUAUGUUUUAUUACUGCAUGUGUAGUAGCUUGCUUUAGCCUCAAUUUGUUUCAACUUUCCCAAAUAGCAUCAUCUGAUAAUAAUCUCGAGGAUGUAGUAACAUCAUUUACGUAUGCUUUUAUAAGCAUCUUAUACAUGUUUAUAGCCAACUAUGUCGGACAGAAUGUAAUCAACCACAAUAAUCAUGUAUUCGUUACUGCGUAAGAGAAACACUUUUAUAAACAUUUUAUAUUCCUAUUGUUAGGUUC